AUGGUUUUGCAAAAUAUUGCUUCCACACUUGAAUCCAUGGGAAAGAAUAUAAAUAUGUAUCAUUUCGCUCCUACUGAUACAUUUUACGACGUCGAAGAAUUUAUCAAUAGAGAAAUUGAUGACGAGCGAGCUGUCACAAUUCCAGAAGAAGACCUACUUGCAUCAAAUUUCUUAAAUUCGGAACAAAAGAAUGCAUAUAACUUGAUACUACAAACCUUACUGUCAAAUGAAUCUGAUGCAUUUUUCAUUGACGGUCCUGCUGGUACUGGUAAAACUUUUUUAUACAAAGCGCUUCUAGCUACAAUCAGAUCAAAAAAUAUGAUAGCACUUGCAGUCGCAUCAUCAGGCGUUGCUGCAUCAAUCUUACCUGGAGGACGAACAGCACACUCAAGAUUUAAGAUUCCACUAAAUGCAGAUAAAGAUAGCACUUGUAAUGUAACCAAACAAGGAAGUCUUGCUAAAUUGUUACGUCUUACAAAGUUAAUUAUAUGGGAUGAGGCACCUAUGUCUACAAAAUAUUCCAUAGAAGCAUUGGAUAAAAUGUUACGAGACAUAAACGAUAUAAUCUCCCUUUUGGUGGCAAAGUUAUUGUUCUUGGUGGAGACUUUCGACAAAUACUGCCUGUGA